CAAAACAGCACCAAAUAUCCAAAUCACUAAACCAAUCUUCUUACAGACACAUAAAAAAUGCAGGGAGCUUUGUGCAUCAAACCAACCAUUCUUCCACUUUCUUCUCCAAAGCUUACUCUUCUUCUUCCCCACACCAUCUCCACCACCAAAGCUUCAAGACUCUCUUCUUCUCUCAGACUCAGACCAAACUCAUCAUCUCCUUCAACCUCUGAUCCACUCACCAUAAACUACGAUGACUCUCCCCUUUCUGUUUUCCCAGCUGAAGCAUGUGAAGUGAUCAGCGGUUACGCCUGUUCUGCUGAUAUUUACCCUGAAGUCAAGCUUGAAACAAAGCCCGUCUCACCUCCCGUGGCUUCAGAGCCUGUAGACCGAGAAUACCUAGAGUAUAACAACCCCAAAACAGUUUUCCCCGCAGAGGCUUGUGAUGAUCUUGGAGGAGAAUUCUGCGAACCUGACUAUCAAAAAGAUGUCUAUUAGGAAGAAGAAGCAAGAUUUUAUAUGAUGUGAAUAUGUCUGUUGUUGUAUCUCUACUAGUCUCUGUAACCACUCUUUAAUAUAUGAAGUCUAGCUUCACUUAA